UAGGUGGGCUGUUUUGUCUCUGCAGCUGAAGAAACUGGACGAGGCAGUGGCAGCUGCACACACAUUCUUCAUGGCAAACCCCCAGCACCUGCAGAUGCGUGAAGACAUUGAGAAAUACCAGCGGAUGGCAGGGGUAAAGUCAGACAGUUUCCAGGACCUGGAGGCUAUGCCACAUUGGAAGGCAUAUGAGACUGGAGUGCAGCACUACAAAGUGGAUGAGUACCAGGAGGCUGUGGUAAAGCUGGAGGAGUCCCUCAAAGAGGUACUGUUGGCACUGGAGGACUGUCGAGCCCUGUGUGAGGGGCCCUGGGAGGACAAGACAGAAGAGGAGAUGCAACCUGGCCUUUAUGAAGCUGUUGCAGCCCAUUACAUUCAGGUCCUGAAGUGCAGGCAGCAGUGUGUCCUCGAUAUUGCCACGAAGCCAGGACGGGUGUCUGCCACAGAAGAUUUCAUACCCUCCCACUUUGACUUACUGCAGUUUGCUUACAACCAAGUUGGAAACCAGGCGCUGGCUGCUGAAUGUGCUGCUUCCUAUCUGCUCUUCUAUCCUAUGGAUGAAUCAAUGCUGGAGACGAUGAAAUAUUAUCAGGCAGAGCUGGGAGAGGGCAUAUCAGUCACAGCCAGAGAGAACAUCUAUCAUUAUGUUCAGCGGUCUCUGAAGGAGAAGAAGUUGAUUUACUAUGCAGUGGAACAUCUGGGAGGAACAUUUAAUGACCCUGACCUGUGGACCCCAGAUGAGCUGAUCCCUGAAAGCCUGAAGCAGAAACGCAGAGAGGAUCAAGAGAAGCACAGGCUGGAAAAUCUGGAUGUGGAACAGCCGGAGCAGAGAGGUCCCUUAUUUUUUGAGGGCCUUACCAUCACCCAAGAUUCCCGCCAGCUGAACGGGUCACAGCGGGUCGUCUUCGACAGAGUCCUAACAGAGUCUGAAUGUAAGGACAUUCUCCGGCUGGCCAAGCUGGCACAGGAUGAAGCUGUGAACUGGAGAGAUGCCAAACUGCUUCUACAGGCCAGUGAGAAAUCCCGGAAAAUUGUACAGUCCUAUUUUACACCUGGGAAAAAGCUCCACUUCUCCUUCACACACCUUGUAUGCCGCACAGCUGUGGAGGGGGAACAAGAUGAUCGCAUGGAUCUUAGUCAUCCAGUUCAUGCUGAUAACUGUCUCUUGGAUCCUGAGGGAAAAGAAUGCUGGAAAGAACCACCUGCCUAUAUGUACAGGGACUACAGUGGGAUCCUGUACCUCAAUGAUGAUUUCAAAGGCGGGGAACUGUUCUUCACUGAACUGGAUGCUGUGACAGUCACGGCUCAGGUACGCCCCAAAUGUGGGCGGUUGGUAGCAUUCAGCUCCGGAGGGGAGAAUCCUCAUGGCGUGUGGGCAGUGACCCAUGGGAGGCGCUGUGCCAUUGCCCUCUGGUACACACUCUCCCAGGAACGUGCUGAGCAGGAGCGACUAGAGGCUGAAGCCCUGGUAAAGCAAAGGGACAUGGAGCAGGAGAAGCAGCCAGAGGACAAGCAGCAUCAAGGGCUUGACGACAGUGGUGGUACCUCACCGGAGCCUCCUGUUUCCAAAGGAAGAGCCAGAUCCACAAGCCAGAGACACAAACUGGGUUCUGAGUCCCCACAACAACCCCAGGAACUGCGAGUCAGGGAUGAAUUCUGAGGGUGGUGUGGCUUGACACUAAAGAACAGGCACGCUGGCCUGUCAACUUCUUAGUGGCACAGAGUAUGGAGGUGUUUGUGGUCAUUUAUUAGAAUACUAGUUCCACAAUUGUGGGGGAAGGAUACAGCUUAUUUCUCAGUGACAUCACAACAGAAAAAUUACAUUCCGAGUAAAACAAAAAGGGCCAUGGCACCUUGAUCUUUAUUCACUGUCUUGACUUGAGACUUAUUUCAUCACCCAGAAAUAACAAGGCAGGCUCCUCUCACCCCCUUUUUCUCAAUGAGCCUUCAAUAGGACCAAACCAAAGUGGGGAAGGAGGGUUUCUUAGGAUUUUGGGGGCAGGGGAUUUUCUUGUUGUUUGGGGAUUUGAAAUGGGAACCACAGUAGCAUUUAAAAUUCCCUCAGGCCAGAGAAUCCUUAGACUGAAUCAAGAGAGGGCAGGUCAUGGCUUAUGAGUGUAUAAAAUAAAGGAAAAAAUAAUGAAUACAAA